UCCGCUUCCUGUCGGGAUGGCGGCUAACGCUUUACUCGAAGCAACUCGAAGCUAAACAGAAACUCUUCUCCUAACAAAUUGACAAGUUUGCUCCUCAAAAGAACGCCAAAAUCUCUCUUUGAAUUUGGCCAAACAUUUGCUCGGAGGUGGUGAAGCUUCUGCUUGAGCUCGUUCUGCGAGCACUGCGUCGAUGAAGAUGUCCUUGGUGCAGCGGGUGUUCCUGUCGUGGAUUUUCAGCCUGAUCUUCCUCAUCAUGCUGGUCCUGAAACUGGAGGCCAAGGUGCAAUGGAACUGGUUCGUCAUCUUCCUUCCCGUGUGGACGCUGGACGCCGUACUGGUCCUCCUGCUGCUGGUCAAGCUGGCCGGCCGCUGCAAGGCCGACCCGGAGGCGCGGGAGGGGUUGACUCUUACCCGCCGCUUGUGCUGCCUGGCGGCCGUCGGGCUGAAGGCGGCUUUCUGUCUCAGCCUUUGCUCCCGCCUUGAGAAACUGACAGACGUGUGGCUCAGCGUGGUGUGCGUACCUCUUUGGGUCCUACUAGUGGGCGCCCUGGUGCAGCUGGGCCGCAGCGUCUUCCGCUCACACAGGGACUGAACUUUAGUGGACCCAUUUUUUGCAUAACACACGCAGUUUGUGGGGGGGUCUUUCUGACACCAUGAAAUUUUUUACGAGAUGUACUUAAUGCCUUAUUUUUGCAAUAUUCUUGAUUUUUCAACAGAAAAAUGUCACUUUACUCUCACAGCUUAUCAGCUUUUUAUAGUUUAAUUUUUGUAACAUUAUGAAUUUGAAUAGAUUUCCAAAACUAUCACAACAUUCUCCAUUUUUUCUGUACUUUAUUUUUGUAAAUGUGAAUUUGGGAUAUAAGUCAGCUUUUGGUGAAAUCCCUGUAUAGGUACACAAACUUUCCAGAGGGGGCCUGUGUCAGGCAAUGGCGUACCGCAAGCAACACGCCACUUUUGCUCAUUGUAGUGGACCAAACAUACACGCGGACACUGGUGUUUCAACUUAGGUAAAAAUUCCAUUUAAUAAAGUUACAAAACAAACAGUUUAACACAAACCUGUUUGUGCAACAUAAAAGAGGCCAACAUAACAAAGGGCUUCGACCAAACUGACCUGACCUCCAGACACAUCUCUGUGGGCGUUUAAAUCAGGGCGGACUCGACUAACGACCACUUGAAGGAGGUAUGACAAAUUAACCAAACAUUGUCAACUUAAUAAAUCAACAGAUGGAAUAUAUAUAUAUAUAUAUAUAUAUAUUUUUUUUUUUUUUUGCGAUCAUGUUCUCUGAAGGGUUUACUUGGUAGGAGGGGAGGGGAAGACUGUAUUGACCGCAAGUUUGAAUGCAUGGACACUUCAUAUUGUUGUACACUAGAUGGCGGUAUGCACCUGAAAGUUUCUUGUAAUGCGCCAUUCACUCAUUUGCUCCCAAAAACGUAUAAAUACGUUCUAUUUUUAAUUGUUUCAGUGUCCCAAAGACGUAACCAUAAGAGACAUCUCUGGGUUCUGAUUCAACUGAGCUCCAAAGCACAAAGCUGAAAAUCCAUUUUAAAGCAAAAAAACUGGCCACUGGAGGGCAGUAGCGCAUUUGGUAAGACCCGCAACCCGAUUCAACGGCAGCACGGCCAGGGCGCCGGCGGAUGGAUGCCAGGCGGCGGACGACCGAGCAGAACAGCCGAGAGGACGCCCGGCGCUGGACGACCGGGAGAAUCCCCGGGACCACCAGUGCAGCGGACAAUGUCGUUGAGUCCGUGCUGCUCGCCGAGCAGACCCCGCAGAGACUCAAAAAAAUCCAUCUUUAUGAGACAGGCGGCGAUGAGGGAAAAGUCGCAGCCACAACAGCGUCAUCUCGGUUAUGUGUAAAUAAAUUGUUACUUUGCUAUCAAAAGCUCUAUUUGUCUUAUCUUAUUAAAACAUUAUUCAGAUGUUUCGGAUGUAACUAAAAGAAAAUAGCUGUGUAUAAGCCAGUUAUUUUUUAAAUCUAUGCUUUCACAAAAAGCUCGAUUUCUCGUUUUUUCAUCAGAUAUUGGAAAAUUUCUCAAACUAAGCUAUAUUCUCAUGCUGAGUUCUAAAGAAUGGAAAAAGAUAUGAACUUUUUUUUUUCCUGCUAAAAGAAGAGUCUAAUCUUUUGGUGGGUUCCAUGUUCAUAUGGAAAUAGAACAGAAUUGUCUGUGGGCCUUGCAAAAUCAGUCAAAAUCCAGUAAAACGGCCGGGAGUGAAUGAGUUAAUCAAAAGAAUUUUUACGUGCUGCAAUGUCCCUAGGGCAGGGGUGUCCAAACUUUUUGCAAUGGGGGCCAGAUUUGGAGUGAUAAAAAUGUGGGGGGCCGACCUUGACUGACGUCCUUUAUGUAGAACAAUAUAUUUAAGCAAAUUUUAGCCAUUCUGUGUGUGACAUUUGCUUUAUUAUUUUUUCUAAAUAAUUUCAACUAGCCUUUGUGGCGCUCUGUUUCAUCUCUCGGGCUCUUGCGAAAUACUGCUGCUGUAAAAUUUAACUUCAAGUUGCUUCAUUUUCUUGCUACGUAUCUCCCCUGUAAUCUUGUCGUACAUGUCAGCGUGUCUUGUUUGAUAAUAUCGCCUCACAUUGAACUCUUUAAAAACAGCGACUGUCUCUUUGCAAAUGAGGCAGACACAAUUUGCACCUAUCCUUGAAGCGUUGGCCGUCGCAGUCAACUUUCUUUUUUUUUGUUGAUUCUCGCCAAUUUAGAAAAGUGGGAGUAAAGGGUCACACGGGGUAAUGUUGCUUAGAGUACUGCUGCCUUUUAGUGGGUAAAUGAGGAGCAGCAUUUAGUGUGGAGGCAACUUCAUAUGCUGGUAGCAGUACUGCUGACCAAUUUAUUUGGUCUGUGUGCGGGCCAGACGUUAUUGAUUUUAUGACAGGGGCUGGGGGCCGGAUGAAAUUUGACCGCAGGCCGCAUUUGGCCCCCGGGCCGGACUUUGGACAUGUCUGCCCUAGGGUGAUUUAUAUGUUAAAUUCAGAAUUGUACAUUUUGCGCUGCAUUGGUACAUUAUUUCUUAGUGCACGCUGAUAUGGAUACCUGCAUUUAUUUGCCUUAUCGGUGCCACACUACAGGUGACAUGAAUGGGUAAAUUAAAAAUUGUAAAACUGGAUGUUUACCAUUUACGAUUUACUAUUAAGACAAAGAAACAAAAAACAGGAUUUGGACAAUUUUUAGUUCAAUUACUUGACUCCAGCUCAUAUAUUAUUACCCUAUGCAGGUUUUUAAAAAAUUAAAUAAAUAAAACUCAAAUUAAAGUUGCAAAUAUUUUAAAAGUAAUUACAUUUUUGAAAGUCAAAAUUUAAAAGAUAUUCACUUUAUUAUAGUAUAUAAAGAGACAACUUACUAUUAAGAUAAAAAAAUAUCGCGAAUAGACCAUUUUUAGAUCAACCAUGUGUUUAAACUUUGAAUCGACUAACUGUCGAUUCUUCAUGGCAACCCUAAUCGAAACCAAGAGAACAAAAUAUGAAUCAGCAAAAUCCGUAUUUUUGAACCAUUUAUUGAGGUUCCAAUCAGAGUAUAAAUCACACUACCAAGUCUUGUCUUAGCAAAUAAAAUGUAUUUACAUUUUGUUUAAAAAAAUCCAACCAAACAAACAAAACAAAAAAAAAAAACAUCCACAUGUUGUCUUCAAAUAAAAACAAGACAGUUAAAUGAUAUAAAUAAGUUCUAUGGAAAAUAAAACUCAUCUUAGAAAAAAAUAUAUGCGAUUUCUGUAUACAUUUCCUCACAUGGUGCUAAUAACAUCUAUUUAUGCUGUACAGUUUUUGGUACAUACAGUAUCAUUUACAUACAACGGAGUUUUGGGGCCCAAACAAAGAAAAACAAUAGGACUACGAGAAUAAAGUCAUAAUAUUAUGAGAAAAAAGUCGUAAUAUUACGAGAAUUAAGUCUUACGUUGUAAUAUUACGAGAUGAAAAUUGUAAUUCACCGCAAUUUUACAUAUUAUGAGAAAAAGUCAUUAUGUUACGAGUUGAAAGUCGUAAU